CUUUUUUUAAAAAAAAAAAAAAAAAAAGUAAAAGCAAAAAAAAAAAAAAAAGGGUAGAAAGAAAGAAGUUUCGCCGAUGAAGCUCUUCCUUCUCAGCUGCAAUACCCAAAACCUCAUAAACCCCUUCGUCUUAUUCCUUCUGUAGUUGGUGAAAACGACCGAGUUGAUAAAAAUGGCGACUCAGUUCCCGGACGAUUUUAAGUGCCCGAUUUCGCUCGAAAUAAUGUCCGACCCGGUCAUACUGUCCUCCGGCCACACAUUUGACCGCGCCUCAAUCCAACGGUGGCUAGACGCCGGCCACCGCACAUGCCCAAUUACCAAUCUGCCCCUCCCGGACCAGCCUUCUCUAAUUCCCAACCACGCCCUCCGGAGCUUGAUUUCCAACUAUGCCCUCGUCUCCCCUCCGAAGUUACAACCGAACCACCAGCAACACCGCCGGGAAGAGGAAUCGCAGCCGCAAGCCCUAAUCUCCACCCUCACUUCUCCCUCCUCCACGAUCGACUCCAAGCUCGGCUCGCUCGACCGGCUCACGCUGCUCUCGAAGCGCGACUCGGCGCUCCGCUCAAAGCUGACAGAGUCCGGCGCGGCCGCCGCCGUUCUCAAGUGCGUCGGCUCCGACGAUCCCAGCCUCCAAGAGAAGGCGUUGUCUCUGCUCCUCAAUCUCAGCCUCGACGACGACAACAAGGUCGGAUUGGUCGCCGAGGGCGCGAUUGGCCGAAUCGUCGGCGCUCUGCUCGGCGGCGCCCCGUCCAACUGCCGAGCCGUGGCGGCUACGGUGCUUACCAGCCUGGCGGUCGUGGAGGUCAACAAGGCCACGAUUGGGGCUUAUCCUUACGCGAUUGAGGCUCUGGUCUCUCUCCUCAGGGACGGCAAAGGCCGGGAGAGGAAAGAGGCCGCGACGGCGCUCUACGCCAUCUGCUCCUUCCCCGACAAUCGGAGGCGCGCCGUGCAGUCCGGCGCGGUGCCUAUUCUGAUGAGAAUCUCCGAUUCAGGGCUCGAGAGGGCCGUGGAAGUUCUCGGGCUGUUGGCGAAGUGCAAAGAAGGGAGAGAAGAGAUGGAGAGGUUCAAUGGUUGCGUGAGGAUUUUGGUCAGGGUUUUGAAGAACGGAAGCUCCAGAGGUAUCCAGUACUCGCUUCUGACUCUGAACUCGCUUUGUUGUUUCAGCGACGAGAUAUUCCACGAAGCGAGGAAAGAAGGGGUUUUGGAUAUUUGUAUGGGGUUGUUGGAUGAUGACAAUGAGAAGAUUAGGAGAAAUGCUUCUAAUUUGAUUCAGGUUCUUGGUCGGAACCACUCGAAUUGAGGAGAAAAAACAAUUCCGACAAUGGCUGCGGGAGUCUGGAAACCGGAUUCGAGUCGAUUCGAUUUUGCGGGUUAUAAAUGUUUUGCCACGGUGGAGGUUAGUUGGGUGUUUUUCUUUUUUUUUUCUUUCUUUUUUUUUUUUGGUUUAUUGGAUCUGCCUUUGUUGGGGAUGACAGUUCUUUGUACAAAAAAGAAAAAAGAUCAGAUUUUGAUUGGAUAGGUUCUUUGUAUCUUGUACAUUCUAAAUAAAAAUUGCGCAAAUGGGCUAGCUUUCUGUUGUUAGCUGUUGCAUUGUGAAAUUUCCAAGGCUGCUUAAAUUGCAA